CGUGGAUGUUCCGUGGAAGCACGGCGUACGUAUACGCGCGGUGCUCACGACCGCCAUCGGCCAUUUGUUCGCGAGAAAGCCAAGGAUGAAGUUCGCACUGCUCGCUACCGUCGUCGGGGCUUGUCUCCUGUUUGGAGCCACGCGCGCCGAGAUCGUGCUGGACAGCGAUGUGCUCGUCAUCACCAAGGACAACUUCGAGGAGGCUGUCAAGAAGUACGACUAUAUUCUCUUCAAGUACUAUGCUCCAUGGUGUGGGCAUUGCAAGGCUUUAGCUCCAGAGUACGCCAAAGCUGCCAAGACAUUACUGGAGCAGAACUCUGAAGUGAAACUUGCUAAAGUAGAUGCCACCAUUGAAACCGACUUGGCAGAGCAAUACGAAGUUAAGGGUUAUCCGACCUUGAAGUUCUAUCGCAAAGGCACUCACAUUGAAUAUAGCGGUGGUCGUAAGGCUGAAGAUAUUGUUAACUGGGUUACCAAGAGGACUGGGCCUCCUGCCAAAGAUUUACAGAGUGUCGAAGAAGUUAAAGCUUUCAUCGAGAACAACAAUGUUGCCAUUGUUGGUUUCUUUAAGGACCUUGAAUCUGAAAAAGCCAAAGUAUUUAUGGAAGUUGGUAAUGCUAUCGACGAUCACGUGUUUGGUGUCUCCAGUAGCGAUGAAGUAUUUUCAGAGUACAAAGUCGAAGAUAAUAAAAUCUUCCUGUUCAAGAAUUUUGACAACAAACAAAUUGAAUUCGUUGACGAACUCACCGUGGAUAAGCUGACAUAUUUUGUUCAAGUAGAAUCUUUACCUUUAAUCGUGGAAUUCAAUCAGGAAACUGCUCGUAAGGUUUUCAGUGGCAAAAUAAAAAAUCAUCUUCUUCUCUUCUUCAGCCAAGAAGCCGGUCACUUUGAUAAAUAUUUAGAAUCACUUACGAAACCAGCCGAAGAGUACCGUGGAAAGAUUCUGUUUGUUACCAUCAACGCCGACGAGGCCGACCACGAGCGUAUCCUCGACUUCUUCGGUCUGAAAAAAGAGAACAUGCCCGCCAUGCGUAUCAUUCAACUCGAAGAGGACAUGCCCAAGUACAAACCCGAAAGUACAGAUCUGACUGUUGACAAUAUCAAGGAAUUCGUUAACACGUUCCUUGAUGGUAAACUGAAGAGGCAUAUAAUUACCCAAGAUUUGCCCGAAGAUUGGGACAAGAACCCCGUCAAGGUCCUUGUCGGUACCAACUUCGCCGAGGUUGCCUAUGACAAAAGCAAGCACGUGCUCGUUGAAUUUUAUGCUCCAUGGUGCGGACACUGCAAACAACUCGCCCCGAUCUACGAAGCUCUUGGGGAGAAAUAUAAGGAUAGCGAGAAAGUAGUCAUCGCCAAGAUGGAUGCUACUGCCAAUGAAUUGGAAGAUAUUACAAUUUCCAGCUUCCCUAAGAUCAUAUUGUACAAGGCUGAAACGAACGAGGCUGUUGAAUACUACGGUGAAAGAACACUGAACGAUCUGUCCAAGUUCAUUGAUUCCGAUGGUGCCGAUGAGCAAGGUGUCGAGGAGACUGAAGAGGAGGACGAGGACGACGAUGUUCCACGAAAGGACGAGCUGUGAGAAAAUCACGCGCAUUAUCAGUAUCAUGAAGUAAACGCAAGAAAGAACAUCCUUAUCUCGACGUUUUCUCCCUUCGUGUCGAUAAUCAAUACUACUUGCGCCAAUUUUUUCUUCGGUGCAAGUAGUAAUCCCCGACUGCAGUACAUCUGCCCAGUCAUAUUUUAUUUACAUAAAGCUUGCAUUGGGAUCUAGUUUGCGAGAUUCAACGUGUACAUUUUUUUAAUUGAAAUUUCCUUGUACAGAUUUAAUGUUUGAAGUUUAUGCUUCAUUAUUCUUUAAAUUUUUUAUUACCAAUUUUUCACUGUUAAUUUAUGUGGAACGUCAAUUUAGAUCGAUAUUGUACUUACGCCGCUCGUCUUCCAUCAGCGCCGUAAUCAUAUAAACUUCUUCUUUUCAAAGCUUAUUUUCUCUUUUUCUGCGAAGAUACUUUAGACACAACAUACUGGAUACGCAGUUCUUAUUUAUUGCAUUAUUUAAUAACAGUGCUCUUUUUUUAGAAAAUGAAAUUCAAUUUCUUAAACUCCGACUUUGUUAGCCAUUCCGGUGAAUCAGCAGGGGAAGAGAGAAAGAAAGUGCGCGUGCGUGAGUGAGAGAGAAAAAUAUACAGUAAGGAUACAGAGAGCAAGAAAAAUUUUUAACGACAACUCUGCCGAUUGCAUUUCUUGGCGGGUGCCUUAACGAAUUCCACUUUUCAGAAUUCAAUUAAACUAUUGUUAUUUUACGAAUUAUUUUAAAUAAAACAAAAAACUAUU